AUGGAUCAAGUCCGUCCUUGGGAUGAGAGGUUCCAUUGCCCGUCAUGUUCGAAGUCAUUUGUGAGGAAGGCGCAUAUGUUGCGCCAUCAACAGCAACACAUCGCGCAGAGACCUUUCUCGUGCAAUUUUUGUUCCAAAUGCUUCAAGCGAAGUGACGUCCUCCGCGCACAUCAGUUUCGAUGCAAAGAACGAGGCGAGGCUCCAGUGCCAGAAGGCCAAAGUAAAGGCCGCAAAAGGUCUUCAUGCCUGUCAUGCGUCAAGCUAAGGACCCGAUGCGAUCAAGAGACGCCCUGUGGUCGAUGUCAGGAGUUAGGCAAGGAUUGCGUGAGAGUGUCAAGUCCGCAAAAGUCAUCAGAGCAUCUGAGACCAAAGAGUCGAGAUGCCAUCCCAAUCCACCAUUUGCUGAAUACUCCGGAGGGUGACGAUUUCAUUGGCCGCUUUCCAAUCCGCAGUACCGUGGCAGCUGCAGCAGAUGAAGACGACGAUGCUGCUUUGGGUGAGGUCGAAAUCUCUUCCGAAGCGUCACACUGGAGCGAGGACUAUGAACCCAACGACGUCUUUAUUGGCGCCCCUAUACCCGAUUACGAAAGCGUCAAUUUUGAUAUUUUCUUUGGCGGCUUCGAAAGUCUCACGUUCGGUGCCUAUCCUCUACAUCAUGACUUGUCACAGGUCACCAGCGUAGAAGGUCUAGCUUCACCAUCGACAAUGGCACUGGAACCCCGUGCCUAUGAAAUUCGGCAGCUGCUGUUGUCCACGGCUUCAAAGCUUUCGACCGAGUUCCCCGAAACCAUCAAUCUGAUACAGCUGGCCUCAGACAUCGAAUUGCUCACGCACGCCGAGCUAGACCAUUGCCUUGGUUUAUACUUCGCCAACUAUCACAGGCAUUGUCCGAUAUUUCAUCGACCGUCCUUUCAAGCCACGACAGUCCCAAUCCCCCUACUUUUGGGCAUGGUAUCUCUGGGCGCAAUGUACUCGCAGGAACGGGCAAAAGUCCUUUGGAUGAAAUGUCUGCUGGAUGUGAUGGAAGCAUACGUCUUCUCGUGGCCAGGUCUCAGAGACGAUUACGGUGGCUUUUUCACUCUGGCCGAGGCGCCUGACGAGGAGACGCUCGAUUAUCAGUUCCAGCUAUUUCAAGGAGCUUAUUUGAUGGUCGUCGUCCAGUACUUCUCUGGGAACUUGGCGGCCCGGAGGAGAGCUCGAAGGCAGAGAUUUACCACUGUGCUAAGUAUUGCAAGGUCAUUCCGCCUACCAAUCGCGCAGCACGACAGCGUCGUUACGAUCCCAGAUGAGAUGGCUUUUCAACGAUGGGUACGGAAAGAAGUGCGAAUACGAACGAUGAAUAUCUUACUGGCUCUCGACUCCGCCAUGGGUAUAUUCAACAACGUUCCGCCACGUAUCCACUACGUCGAGCUCGAUCUUCAAAUGCCCUGCCACCCGGAGUUCUUUGAACUCUCUAGCUACGCAGAGAUGUUGACUCGAUCCUCCUUCCCCCGUACACGGAUGAAAUUGAUCGACGCUUUUCAGAGACUUUUCUCUUCUCCUCGCGAUUUGAAAUCAGCGUUCCACAACGAAACAUUGUGUUGUUGGGAUAUGCUGUAUCUUAUUCAUGUCCUUUUCACGCACUCCACGCAACACCUGUUCGGAAAUCCGAUGAAUCGUAUGUCGCCGACCACACUUGCCGUGGGGCCGUCGUCCCACGUGCUUGAAUCAAUCAAAACAGCACUGAACAACUGGAAGACACUCUGGGACGAGGCCAAGAGAAGCCUGCCUCGGUCAUCUGUUAGUGAGAUGGGGUUUGAAACGUCCGCGGACAGUUAUUGGACGUUGCUCAGAAUGAUCGUUCAGAAAUUCGAGGCCAACUCAGCCAACGCUGCAGCAAAUGAGGCCUACAAUUGCCCCAACGGCACAUACGGCAAUGACCAAUCUCAAACAGGAACAUAUUCCAACGGGACCAGUCAAAGAAGCUCAACUCCCGGGUUGGACUUUAUGCCUCUGGAAGCGGAUAGUGACAGCCAAGGGGCCCAUCUGCGAAGGAUCCUUGGUAAGUGA